UACACACACGUGUGCGCUCCUCUGCCCUGGAGCUGCCGCUGCCCCUGCUCUGAGCGCCGCAGUGGAAGGCACGGCCGAACCGCUCUUUCUUUAAAUAUAUAAAUUACUGCUCGGGUCAGCCUCGGCGGCGCCCCUCCAGUCAGGUCGCCAGCUGCCAGCCCCGGGACCUUUUCAUCUCUUCCCUUUUGGCCGGAGGAUCCGAGUUCAGAUCCGCCACUCGGCACCCGGGACUGACACACUGAACUCCAUUUCCUCCUCUUAAAUUUAUUUCUGCCUUAUAGCCACUCGUCCCUUUUCCCCCCACCUCGUCACUCCAAGAGAAUCUUUUUUUCUUGCUUUCCAAAGUCAGGGUUCCCCCUGCCCAUGCCUUAUUAAUGUUUCCAGUUUGGGAACUCCUUGCAUUUUCUUUUUGAAGGAAUUCAAGCAAACUACAUUUUCUAUCUGGCAUCGACCCUCGAUCGUUCGCAAAAGUUUCGCAUUAAAAAAACAAACAAACAAACAGCUCCACCUGAUCUGCACUUUGAGAAUUGUUGGUUUCUUUUUAUUUUUCAUUUUUUAAAAGGACUUUUUUCUACCUUUUUUUAAAAAAAAAAUGCACUACUGUGUGCUGAGCGCUUUUCUGAUCCUGCAUCUGGUCACGGUGGCGCUCAGCCUGUCUACCUGCAGCACACUCGAUAUGGACCAGUUCAUGCGCAAGAGGAUCGAGGCGAUCCGCGGGCAGAUCCUAAGCAAGCUGAAGCUCACCAGCCCCCCAGAAGACUAUCCCGAGCCCGAGGAAGUGCCCCCGGAGGUGAUCUCCAUCUACAACAGCACCAGGGACUUGCUCCAGGAGAAGGCGAGCCGGAGGGCGGCCGCCUGCGAGCGCGAGAGGAGCGACGAGGAGUACUACGCCAAGGAGGUCUACAAGAUAGACAUGCCGUCCUACUUCCCCUCCGAAAAUGCCAUCCCACCCACCUUCUACAGACCCUACUUCAGAAUUGUCCGAUUUGAUGUUUCAACAAUGGAGAAGAAUGCUUCCAAUCUGGUGAAAGCAGAGUUCAGAGUCUUUCGUUUGCAGAACCCAAAAGCCAGAGUGGCUGAACAACGCAUAGAACUGUAUCAGAUUCUCAAAUCCAAGGAUUUAACAUCUCCAACCCAGCGCUACAUCGACAGCAAAGUCGUGAAAACAAGAGCAGAAGGCGAAUGGCUCUCCUUCGAUGUAACUGAUGCUGUUCAUGAAUGGCUUCACCAUAAAGACAGGAAUCUGGGAUUCAAAAUAAGUUUACAUUGUCCCUGCUGCACCUUUGUACCUUCUAAUAAUUACAUCAUCCCGAAUAAAAGUGAAGAACUAGAAGCAAGAUUUGCAGGUAUUGAUGGCACCUCUACAUAUACCAGUGGUGAUCAGAAAACUAUAAAGUCCACUAGGAAAAAAAACAGUGGAAAGACCCCACAUCUCCUGCUAAUGUUAUUGCCCUCCUACAGACUUGAGUCACAACAGUCCAACCGGCGGAAGAAGCGUGCAUUGGAUGCAGCCUAUUGCUUUAGAAAUGUGCAGGAUAAUUGCUGCCUGCGUCCACUCUACAUUGAUUUCAAGAGGGAUCUUGGGUGGAAAUGGAUACAUGAACCUAAAGGGUAUAAUGCCAACUUCUGUGCUGGGGCAUGCCCGUAUUUAUGGAGUUCAGACACUCAGCACAGUAGGGUCCUCAGCUUAUAUAACACCAUAAAUCCAGAAGCAUCCGCUUCUCCUUGCUGUGUGUCCCAGGAUUUAGAACCCCUAACAAUUCUCUACUAUAUUGGCAAAACACCCAAGAUUGAACAGCUUUCUAAUAUGAUCGUAAAAUCCUGCAAAUGCAGCUAAAAUUCUUGGAAAAGUGGCAAGACGAAAAUCAUGAUGAUGAUGAUGAUGAUGACGACAACGACUAUGACAAUAAUGAUGUUUGUAACAAGAAAACAUAAGAGCCUUAGUUCAUCAGUGUUAAAAAUUUUUGAAAAAGCGGUACUAAUUCAAACACUUUGGAAGUUUGUGUUCUGUUUGUUAAAAGUGCCAUCUGAAACAAAGAAAGUUGAAGGCCUUAUUCUACAUUUCACGUACUUUGUAAGUGAGAGAGACAAGAAGCAAAAUCUUUUUUUUAAGAAAAAAUAAACACUGGAAGAAUUUGUUAGUGUUAAUUAUGUGAAAGAAAAAAAAAAAACAGGAAAAUCCCAUUAAGUGGAGUUGCUGUACGUACCGUUCCUAUCCCAUGCCUCACUUGAUUUUUCUGUAUUGCUAUGCAAUAGGCACCCUUCCCAUUCUUACUCUUAGAGUUAACAGUGAGUUAUUUAUUGUGUGUUACUAUAUAAUGAAGAUUUCAUUGCCCUUGGAAAAUAAAACAGGUGUAUAAAGUGGAGACCAAAUACUUUGCCAGAAACUCAUGGAUGGCUUAAGGAACUUGAACUUAAACGAGCCAGAAAAAAAAAAAAAAAAAAGAGGUCAUAUUAAUGGGAUGAAAACUCAAGUGAGUUAUUACAUGUAUGGCUGAGCAAGUCUACGUUAAGAUAAAGACCCUGAAAACACAUGCAAUGUACCAACUGCCCGAGGAAGCUUCUUAUAAGGUUAAAUCACUAAAAAAGCCUGCUAAUAAAGGAAACUUUCAAUCAGGAUAAAUCUGUAGGAUUUCUUUUCUUUUUAAUUGUAAAUGGUUCUUUGUUGGUUUAGUAAACCAGUGAAAUGUUGAAAUGUUUUGCCAUGAUGUACUGGUCAAGCUUCAGACCUUAAAGUAUUGCUGUGUAGCUAUGCUAUAGGUUUUUUCUUUUAUCCAUUUUUUUGGGGGGGAUAUAUGUAACCAUACCUGUAUUAUUAAAAUAGAUGGGUAUAGAAGCCAGCAUAAUUGAAAACACAUCUGCAGAUCUCUUUUGCAAACUAUUAAAUCAAAAUGUAAAAUACUUUCUGUGUAAUGUGUAAAUUUUUACCAUACUUUUUAUAUUCUGUAAUAAUGUCAACUAUGAUUUGGAUUGGACUUAAAUUUGGGCUCUUUUUAAUGAUCACUCACAAUUGUAUGUUUCCUUUAGCUGGCCAGUACUUUUGAGUAAAGCCCCUAUAUUUUUACUUGCACUACAAAGACAUUUCUUAUACUGUUUGCUCUACUUGUGCUUUGUGUAUUGUCCAUUAUUAUGACAUAUGCUACCUGGGUCGGGUCUACUCAUUUUUUUUUCCUUUUACAGAGGACAGAUUUGAGUUCAAUGGACUUUCUUUACCUUCUGAGCAUUAUUACUAAUCAAAUCAGGCAUUAAAAGCAUCUUUAUUAGGAAAAUGGGGAAUUUUAUAGAUGCAAAAAUAAUUAAGGAAAAAUGUAGUAAAUUUAGCAAGGAUUUAAGGAUCUCACUGAAACUCAGAAUCUUGGUGACAGAGUUAAAAAAGAUUUCUCUAAUUUGGUUACUCAUCAUUUUCAUAGAUUUCUGUUGUUUUUAAAAAACGAACAACUUACUGGAAACAUAUUUUCCUCUAACCGGGUUUUAGCGUUCAGGGGGAAAUUGAAAGAUCUUUUAGUUGAUUUUUUUUUUUCAAAGAAGGGGAAAAAGCCCAGGUCAGCAUACGUCAUUUUAUUUAUUUCACUGAAAUUAAGAUUUUUACAGAUGUUCUUUGAAGGUUGAAAAGGCACAGGCUAAAUUCUCCCAGGAUCAAAAGAUUCUUUCUUUCCUUGGAAUGAGAGUUAUCUGUAUCUGAGGCUAGAAUUUACCUUGCUUUUUAUAAACAAUUCACCACAUCAUUGCAGAGGAGAUAUCCCUGUAUCAUGGUUUUGUAUGAUCUGUUUAUCAUUUGCCACUUAACUUAGCUUGAAGAUCAAAACUGAUAGGUCAAACAAGGGAAUAUUUGCAGCUCCACCUACAGGGCAGCAUAGCGAGGUAUGAAUUCGAAGCAAAGUCAUAUGGUAUGGUAUACUUUUUUGGAAUUUCCUGGCCAUUAAUUAAAAUGCAGAAUUGGAUUUGCAAGUUUGGAAACUGGAAAAGUAAUAGAUGGAAUGCCGUAAUAUUAAACAACCCUUGUGACAGAUGUAACCCAAUCCAAGAUUUGAGUGUGUGUUGAUUUUUUUUUUCUCUUCACUUUUCUGUUAAUUCUGUGUACAUCACUUUUAUUUCUGCAGGUAUUUUCCUCUCAGAUAGGAUGACAUUUUGUUUUGUAUUAUUUUGUCUUUCCUUAAGAAUGCACUGAUAAUAUUUUAAAUGCUCUAUUUUAAGAUCUCUUGAAUCUUUUUUUUUUGUUUGUUUGUUUUUUAAAUUGGGGGGGGGGGUUUCUGUAAGGUCUUUAUUUCCCAUAAGUAAACAUUGCCUUGGGAUGGGUUGGGGGAGGUGGGAGGGAAUAAGGGAUGUGUUAGUUUGGGGGUGGGGCAGUCAGUUUUUCUGUGUUAAGCAGUACAAUUUUAUGGUUGGCAUGGUUUAAAAAAUGGAAUAUAAGAAUAGCUGUUUUGUAUUUUGAUGACCAAUUAUGCUGUAUUUUAACACAAUGUAUGUCUGUUUUUGUGGUGCUCUAGUGGUAAAUAAAUUAUUUCAAUUAUAUGUGGAUGUGUUUUUCCUCUCAUGGUACCAUCAUUGAGACCAGAAAAUACCUGAGAUGCUGGAGAAAUUGGCCCACCUUUCAGAUCGCCCUUGUGGCUUAUUUUUGCCCGCAGGGAUAUUCACUCCAGAAAUGUCAGGCUUUAUAGCCCAAGACUCAGAGCAUAGCUAUCCUAGACUGAAGAAAGCCCAAUGCAGUCUUUUUAUUCUCUUGUUGAUUGCUGUUUGGUAAUUGUUUGAGAUUUCAUUUCUAUCCAGCUUGACUGUCUAUUAGAAAAAAAAUGCAGAGAGAUAUUUGCACCACACUUUGGCUUUCUGGUUCUGCAUCCUGCCAACCCCAGGGCCAAAAGAACUGGUCUAGACAGUAUCCCCUGUAGCCCUAUAACUUGGAUAGUUAUUGAGCCAGCCAGAUAUAACAAGAGCCGCGUGCUCUUUGGGGUUGGUUGGUUGGGAGCAGCUACUUGUCUCUCAGUUUUACCCGCACCGCUGUACCAAAAGAAAGGAAAAAAAAAAAACACAAAAACCUGUAUUUCCUCAAAUUUCUUUGGCUGUUACCUAUAA